UCAUGAUGUUUGGUGGUUUUGAGACUAUAGAAGAUUAUGAAGAUGACCUCUAUCAUGAAGAAUCAUCAAGUGAACUUAGUGUUGACAGUGAGGUGGAAUGUCAGCUUUAUAGUCAAGUUCAUUAUGCUCAAGAUCUUGAUAGUGUCAUCAAGGGGGAAGAAGAUGAAGAGACGAACCCUGGGAAUUCUGAAUCAUCCAGUAAAUCAAAUCAGAACUUGAUUAUUCUUUCAGAUAGUGAAGUUAUCCAGCUAUCAGAUGGGUCAGAGGUCAUUACUUUGUCUGAUGAAGAUAGUAUUUAUAGAUGUAAAAGGAAGAAUUUUAGAGUUCAAACAAAAAGGGAAAAGACCCGGGGUUCUCCUCCUUCUUCUAGUAAUUUCGCUGAUAAGAAAUGUAAGAGGAAUACUGAGAAACCUAAACUUGAAGAGAGAUCUGGUACAGUCCGGGAGGUCAUGGUCAUAGAAGUCAGUUCAAGUGAAGAUGAAGACAGUACUGUCUCAGAAAGUGAUAAUGUGGAAAGCUGGAUGCUCCUGGGAUGUGAAGAUGAUGAUAAAGAUGAUGAUAUUCUUCUCAACCUUGUGGGAUGUGAAAACUCUGUUAAUGAAGGGGAAGAUGAUGUAAACUGGUUCAUCAGUGAAAAAGAUGUUGAGGCCCAAAUUGGAAAUAAUAGAUCUUCUGGAAGAUGGAGUCAACGAUACUACUCAACUAACAAAAAUGUCACCUGUAGGAAUUGUGACAAAUGUGGCCAUUUGUCCAAAAACUGCCCCCUUCCUCAAAAAUUACGCGCUUGUUGCCUGUGCUCUGAGAGAGGACACCUCCAGUAUGCCUGUCCAGCUCGUUAUUGCUUCGACUGUUCUUUGCCUAUGUCUUCCACUCACCGAUGUCUUGAAAGACAUUCCUGGAGGAAGCGAUGUGACCGAUGUGACAUGAUAGGUCACUAUGCUGAUGCUUGCCCAGAAAUCUGGAGGCAGUAUCACCUAACAAUCAAACCUGGGCCACCCAAAAAGCCAAAGACCCCUUCUGGACAAUCAGCUUUAAUGUAUUGCUACAACUGCGGACAAGAAGGCCAUUAUGGACACGAAUGUACAGAAAGACGGAUGUUUAACCACGUCUUCCCAACCACUCCAUUCAUCUACUACUAUGAUGACAAAUAUGAAAUUCGGGAGAGAGAACAGAGAAUAAAACGAAAAGUGAAAGAACUCCAGAAAUAUGGGAGUUUGCCAAGGCAGUUCAAGAGGCCUCAUAUGGAAGUCACAGAUAAAAAGCGCCACCGUGACAGGAAGAAGAACAACAGGUGGUCUCAGGAAAAGAAAGAAACUCAAAAAGAAAUGAUGGGCAGGGAGGAUCGAGAGAUUGGGAAGCACAGGAAGGCCGAAAAGCACCUGUAUGCGGAGAAUGAGGACUUUCCACGGGGCCCCAGACUCUGCUCCCCAAGCCCCAGCCCUCUUCAAAACCAGAAGCCACACAGGUCCUUCCACCAUUCUCAUCACCACAAGUCUAGAGACAACAGAGUAGCCAAAGAGGGCAAGCGAGGCAAGCCAAAGAGAAAGGAGAGCUGCGUGGAGGAGGAUGACAGUGAUAACCUAUUUCUCAUCAAACAACGGAAAAAGUAGUCUAAACUGCAGCAAAGCUUCUGAUCAAUGCAGCCUGAUGCAGCCGCCCAGCAUGUGCGUGAUCUUCCUGGCUCCAACAGCAUUUUUGUUGUCUUUGACUCUAUGUGAGUGAUUAAUCUCAGCCGUACCAAAGGUGCUGAACAAAGACAACACUGCAGAUCUUAGUUAUCUGUGUCCUGUCUGUGUCCAAACGAUGCUUAGAAGGAAAGCAACGAUAACCUUCAACAUUUCCUAUUCACUUCUGCUCAGGCUCUGGAGACCACUCUUUUGUGAAUUCUUGGGAAAAGUUAAAUUACUGAUGAAGAAUAAGAGUUUUAUGUAAUUCAUCUGCAGUGUGAGUGUGAAAAUUAAAUCCUUGGAGAGAAGAGAAAUUAAUGUUGAUAUGAAAAACUCAUCAAUCAUUUUCAGCAUUACUUUUUUUCUCUUUAGACAUUGGAAAGGUUGAUAGUUCUAGAUCAAAAUGCAACAUUUCUUGCUUCUGAAGCUGGUUUCAGAAUCUUCCUUCAGAGCAUCAACAAACUAAAAAAAAAAAAAAAAAAAAAAAGAUAACAGCAUCCUUGUCCUGAAGAGUCAGGAAACUGGGCCCGAGUGAAAUAAAGAAGGACUUCAUCCAAUGUAAAUAUCUUCAGCAUAUUUCCAGAAACAAAUGAAAAAAAAAAAACUUUAAAAACAAUCACAACAAAAUGGGUUUUACCAUAUUUUGUACACACAUUUAAAUAAGACAAAUACAUA